AUGUCUGACAGCAAAGCAGGAAGCACGGCAUCACCGUUCAUGCCCAUGUUCGAAACUUUCCGUGCUGAGCUUGAUGAACACCACGCACGCYGCGAGAGAGUCAUCAAAGCCAGUCGCGACAUCACUGCCGCUUCAAAAAAGAUCAUCUUCGCACUACAACGCAUUCGCGCUGUCAAGCAGCCACUGCCGGCCGCUGUCAUCAAGAACAAUCAGCCAUACUACGACAUCAUCUCCACACAAUUCGCAGCCGUGUCGGGAGAUCUGCAAGGACUCAAUGGUGACCGCUAUGCUCGCCAAAUCAGCGGCGGAUGUCAGGAGUGGAUGGAAGCAGCAUCAUUCGAGCACUAUUUGAUGACCGCGAAACUUUUGACCUACGAGGAAGCUGUCUCGAAGAUGCGUAGUAUGGAUGUGGAAGGCCCGGGUGUGCUGCUGACUCCCGAGGACUAUCUUCUCGGUAUCUACGACAUGACUGGAGAGCUGAUGAGGUUCGCCAUCACGGCCAUGGCUACCAAUGGGUCGUUGCCCACCAUUGCAGCGGACUCGUCGGAUGCCAUGAGUGACGACACGGUGCAGCCCGAGGAGCGAAGCGUUCUGAACGACAUGCGUCGUCUUCGAGCCGCGUUGGAAGCUCUCAACACUGGAAACUAUGGUCCCUUUGCCAAGGACUGCGACAAGAAGAUGGAAGUCAUGCGUAACAGUGUCGACAAGGUGGAGCAGUCGUUGUAA